AUGCUGCUCUCAGUCGGCUGCCUGGUCUCGCUCGCCCUAGCGAUCAACCUCGUCGGCGGCUUGCCCCACGACAUCGCCCCUCGCUCGGACGUCUUCCCCCGUGCCCUCGCGCCCUUGGAAAGGCAUCCCGUCCAAUGCCACCGCGAGAGCGACUUCCCCGGCCACGCCGACAUCAACUACAACAUGCAGUGGGAGGCCGUCCACGACUUUUGCGACAAUAAGGCGUCCGAGAUCUUGACCUCGACCAUCCACGACCCGGACAUGGGCAGGUUCCCGAUCGUGUUCAAGCACCGUAUGAGGUGGAAGUCCUGGCCGCAUUGGAUCAACUACGACUUCUUCGUCGAGUGGGUUCGGGGUUGCAGAACAGAACACCACUUCCAAAGGCUGGACUUCCCCUUGCACAAGGGCGGCGUCAAUUGCCACACUAUCAUGAGGGAUAACUACCUCCAAUGGAUUCCAACAGCAUAA